GUUGGUUGUUGUUGUUUCAAUUCUCUUCUCUUCUGCCCUACUUAUAUUGUCAAGAUGUGUUAACCACUUUACUUACGAAAUUUGAAAAGAUUCACCUUUGACAAAAUUUUGUGUCUGGUUGUUAUUUAUCUUUCAACAAAAUGGGUACAUCCAGAAGUAAGCAUAUGCCGCAAGCUUUGAAAGACAUCGACGAAUUUGACCAAAAAACAGCUGCUGAGUACGAAGAAGCUUUUAAAAGUGGCGGAAUGUCACAAUUAAAUAAAAAAAUUGAUGCAGAUAUUGACAAGUGGAGGAAUAUACCUGUAAACAUUGCUGUCACAGGAAAUUCAGGGGUUGGUAAGUCGUCGUUUAUAAACAGUUUUAGAGGACUGAAAGCAAUGUCUAAAGACGCAGCUGCGGUAGGCGUAAAUGAAACGACUUUGGAACCAACUAAAUACAUGCACCCAAACAAUAACAAUAUUGCACUUUGGGAUCUUCCGGGGAUAGGUACAGAGAAAUUUCCGAAAGAAACAUAUUUAGAAAAAGUCGAUUUUGAGAAGUAUGAUUGUUUUCUAAUAAUAACAGCGAACCGUUUUACCGAAAACGAUAUUUGGUUAGCAAAAGAAGUCCAAAAUCUUAAGAAAAAAUUCUUUUUUAUCCGAACAAAAAUGAAUACAGAGGUAGAGAAUAACCAAAACGAUUACGGAAAAAGUAAAUCUGAAACAGUUAAAGAAAUACAAGAAGAUAUGACACAACAAGUUACAGAGAAACGUUUUGAAAAUGUCAAGGUUUACCUUAUCGACAACCGCUCAGAUCAGGAUUAUGAUUUUCCAAAACUCAUAGAAGACAUGAUUAAAGAAGCGCCAAAAUGGAAACAGGAAGCAAUGGCAUUAACAAUGACAACUCUCACAGAAGAUCUUAUAAAUCGAAAAAGACGUGCACUUAGAAAAAGAAUACUGAUAGUAGCACUAGGUUCAGCAGCUGGCGGAACCGUCCCUAUGCCAGGAGCGAGUCUUGCUGUAGAUACAGCAAUUAUUAUGAAAGAAGUCGAUAUUUACAAACAACAGUUUGGUAUUAAUGAUGAAUCAUUGAAGAAAACGGCAAGCUCACUUAAACAAGCUUUCGACAAUGUAAAAGGAGGUUUGAGAACAGGAGGCGCGACUGUAGCAAUGAUUUCUCAUUUUGCGACAACACUUGCUGCUUCAGAAUGUGCAGAGAAAGUUACAGCUUUUGUUCUUCCUGUACUUGGAAGUAUUAUUGCGGCAGGGAUAUCUUACGGUAGCACUGUUUCCAUUUUAAGGUCCCUAUUAGACGAAUGCGUUUCCGAUGCAAGAGAUAUCAACAAACAGCUGAAGAUAAAGAUGUCUGAAUCAAAUCCUUCAUAACCGAGUUUCAUUGUUAGGUUCAGAAAAUAUCUUUAAUACAACAGACAAAUACAUUUGAAUGUAUGAUGUUUGACAUUCUUUUGCGUGUUGUUGUCUGCAAUACUUCAUAUCAUCUUAUGUUAUUUAUAAACGCUGUCUUUUUGCUAUUAUUACAAGUUGUAAUCUUCAAUUCGCUGGCUUGCUGUUAUGUUAAAUAUUAUAACUGGUAAUAUCUACGUAGUACAGAAGCUGAACGUUAGAACUUUGGUGUAAUUAAUAUAAUAUAGUUAUUUAUGUCCUGGUAGACUACGACAUUGCAUCUUCUGUAAGUUGACACACUAUAUUGAUAUGAUCAUCUUGACAUGAAUUACCACGCCCAGAUGUAAAAUAUGCGUAUAACAAAAAAUCAAUGUUUAUGUUAUCAAGUGAUUGUAAUUUAUAACAACAGAGACAAAUGUUAUAACUAGGUGACGCAGGAUACAUCGCAUUAACCAGAUGAAUAUCAUCACGAUAUGGCUUUAUGGUCGUUAAUCUGCCACAUACAUCUAAAAGAUUGCCAUCCCAUUAAACCUGUGACACCAGCAAUGUAAUUGCCAAUGAGCGAAUCGUUAUGUUAAUCAAAGCACUGAAAGUGAUGUAUACGUUGAGCCGGAGAUAAUUCUAAAGCUUAUAUUUAGGAAGUUGUUGAGGAAAUGAAAACUGUUCAAUGAAUUCAUAAAUAUUUAAGAAGUUUGUUUUAGAAAGUAGUUCGUAAAUGUAGAUAGAACAUGUGAUAAUCAACAUGUAUAUACAUAAAUUUAAAUAUGAAAGUGUGCUGGUUUUACUAAUUGGGAAAAGGAUAAUAAAUGAUUUACAAAAUGUU